AUGGGUGAUGAACUGUGGAUGGCUCGUUACCUUCUGCACCGCGUUGCUGAACAGUUCGGAGUGAGCGUGACGUUCCAUCCAAAACCUGCGGUGACAACGGGUGACUGGAACGGAGCUGGUUGCCAUUGCAACUUUUCGACCGAGGAAAUGCGUAACGAAGGUGGUCUAGCUAUAAUUGAGGCCGCAAUGCCGAAGCUGGCGGCCACACACAAGGAAGCAAUAACUGUUUACGAUCCCCAUGGUGGAGAGGACAACAAGCAUAGGCUUACUGGCAGACACGAGACAAGCUCUUAUGAUAAGUUCACCUGGGGAGUAGCUAACAGAGCAGCGUCGGUGAGAAUUCCAAGAGGUGUCGCGCAGGAAGGAAAG